AUGGUUCCCAGGACCCCUCUACGUCCUAUUAAUUCUAAUAGGAUAAAGGGAAAUGAGCUAUCUCCCUAUCUCCGGGGUCAGAUCUUUGGUCAAGCCCAGCUAGGCCUGUCAAUCGCGAAAAUUGCCCAGCACUUCAGUUUAUCCAAAUCCACAAUUCAGUAUACCCUCGAGAAAGAACCUCUCCGACACGAAGGCAAUAAUCAAAACCGCGUCGGUCGCCCCUCGAUUUUAUCAGCAGAUGACCGUUCUAUGGUUAUUCGAUUGAUUCGAAACGAUCCCUUUAUUACCUAUCAAGAAAUCCGCGAACAAAGUGGCUUAACUGCUUCCGACGAUACCCUUCUUCGAAUGGUCAAAGCCUCGGGCUACGGACAUUGGAAAGCGAAAAAAAGACUAUAUUUAAAACCGGAACACGCCGAGCUACGCCUUAAUUGGGCUUUGGAGCGACGAAAUUGGACGUGGGAUGACUAG